AUGCAAAAAAUAUACGCUGAUUUAAUUAAAGAAAAAGUAAGAGGUGGAACAAUUGUGUCAACUGGUGUAGUUGGAUUGACCACCUUUGGUUUAAGUGUUAUGUUCCGGUUCAUAUUUAUGGAAAAUGGCGUUAAAAUGAUAGAUGUGCCUGGAAUUCUUGAAAAACUCAAUCAUAUAAUGAAGAAGCGCAGAUCAUCAACAACAUCAUCUUCGUAUGGCUUAACUGCUGUUACCUGUCAAAAUACUAUCGAUUAA